AUGCCGCCAAAACUCGACCCCAACGAGAUCAAGAUCAUCUACCUGCGUGCGACUGGUGGUGAAGUCGGAGCCUCUUCGGCGCUCGCGCCCAAGAUUGGUCCUCUUGGUCUAUCUCCAAAGAAGGUCGGAGAAGAUAUCGCAAAGGCGACUGGCGCAUGGAAGGGAACAAUGCGCUCCAAGUCGCUCGCAAAGAACUUGGCUGGUGGUGUCAAGGAGAUCCUUGGAACUUGCCAGUCUGUUGGCUGCACUGUUGACGGCAAGCCUGCUCACGACGUCAUUGAUGGGAUCAACUCGGGAGAGGUCGAGGUCCCCGAUGAUGAGAAGCAUGGCGUUAAGAAUCGUACUUCAAGCCCAUGGUCGAAUAUGAUGGCGCGGGGAGGACAAUCGUACGAGGUUGGACGCGUGGACCUUGAGGAACUCGGAGUUGAAGGUUUGCGCUCAUUCGACGUAGGGGACGAGCGACCUCUGGAGGCGAGGGCAGCUGCGUAUGGGAAACAACCAACAGGCGACGGACGAGAAGAGACGGAACUCGGAGCCGAGGGCGGUUCUCUCCUGCACCCUGUACUAGAAGAAACAAGACGCGUCGCGUCUAGAGUCAAGCCGGAUCAGGGCAGGUGCGCCAGUUCGGAAAGAUACAGUCCGAACAGAUGGAUAGAUGCGCCGUCGUUGGUCCCAGCGUCCCCCGUAGUCGACGAGACAUUCACCAAAUCGGAAAGACACCAUCGACUCCGCGUCGCGCUCGAGAACAUCGGGCCAGCAUACUAUCGUCCCUCGACGGAGGCUCUGUCUCUUCUGCAAUCGACAUGCGUCGCCCUCGUCGGGCUCGGCGGGUCCGCUGUAGCUGCGGAUGCUGCAAUCGACAUGCGUCGCCCUCGGGUCGGGCUCGGCGGGUCCGCUGUAGCUGCGGAUGAAUCUGUAUACCCCGACGUUCGUGGUGAAGGAGCUCCCGAUCCCGAGUUUCGCUGCAACGGUCUUCCACAUCCCGACGCACGCCGAGUUUCACCUGAGGCGCGAGGAGGAGGGGUGGUAGGUGUAUUCAAGUCUCGUUGUGCAGGGGGCGAAACGGAGAUAGAGGGUACCCAGCUUGCACCUGGAGCAAACGACCGUUGGAAUAGGGGAGACGUCUGUGCGAGCAUUUGGGCCGAGUCGGGCGAUAUAUGCGCCCUGUUGUUCGAGGAAGAGGAAGAGAUUGGCUUCUAUCACGCUGAGCACGAGCAGUAUCGGAUCGAGAAGACGCAUAACCACCUUCAGCUCGGGGAGAAACAUGACCACCUUGAGGACGCGGCGGGAACCGAGGACCAGCAGACAAGGGUGAAGUCGGACUGGCCCCUAAUCGAGGAGUACUAG